AGUCCGCUCAUAUAAAAGGGACCCGGGAUGUUGAGCGGCAUCAGAUGCAAGCUGGGGACGGCUGAGCGAAUCAGUCAGGACAGGUACAAGGAGAUUUUCUUUGAUCGUCGGCAAGACUCUCAGACAAUAGAGAACAUGGUAGCUGUGCAGAAACCUUGGACCACCCUGUUUGUCCUUGCAGUGUGUGUGCUGGUGUGCCUAGGGACCUUGGUGGAUGCCUACCCUCCGAAACCAGAGAACCCAGGAGACGAUGCACCUCCCGAGGAACUGGCGAAGUACUACUCUGCUCUCAGACAUUACAUCAAUCUCAUCACACGACAGAGAUAUGGAAAGAGAGAUAAUCCAGAAGCUUUGUCAGAUUCCCCCUUUGAUGAAAGCAGAGAUCAUGUUGGGAAGUCAAGAUACGAUGAUUCCUUGAUGUGGUGAUUUCAUCCUCAUUAUACCUUUUGUGUUUAUGCAUUUUAAUUAUGAUGCAGAAGGACCUGAUCUCUGAAGAAUUAUGAGAAGAUUACACCAAACCAAAAGGAUCAUUGCAUGCAAACCUUUUUCAUGCAUUGAGAAACCAUCAAAGCUUUUUUUUUGUGGCAGACAAUUGUACAUAAUUUAUUGUUUAAAAUAAUAUACAGCAAUCAAGGAAAAGAAAACAAAAUGUGGGGUCUUUCUGAGGAAAAUAAUCUCGUUUGUAUUGUAAAAAUGUUUAUGUGCAAAUAAAGUUUAAUGGAUCAAUCAAAA